AUGUCGCGCCUGUAUCUGCUGAGCGUGAUUCUGGCACUGGCAGGGCAAAGUCUCGCAAAUCGCACGCGGACGCCAGGGCAACAUGCCAGGCCGAUGGGGGCACGUCUCGUCGUGGUCAAGUCGGCCGCAAUGGACGCUUACCUUGGGGACACCAUCAAAAACAGCCACAAUGACAACACCUGGAUCGGCUUGGACGACAUCAACAGUCCAACCCACCAGUUUGUCUGGAGCGACGGUAGCACUCUGACUUCCUCCGACUACAGCAACUGGGAGCGUUCCCAGCCAGACAACCCUGAUAGGGAACAAUGUGUGGAGAUUCGCGUUGUUUUCGCCUACAGUUGGAACAACCACUUGUGCGGCGAGCUGAAGCACUACACCUGCGAGAAAGAAGGUGUGCUGAUCCUUGCGUCGUACUACCGCUGCCACAUUUGGUGA